UGCAUGCAACACAUCGUUUUCUAGUCGUCGUCUUGAAUCUUGAGAGUCGAAAUAACAACCUGUCCGAGUAAACAUAAAAUUUCUUGCUUGUGAAAAUGGAUGCCAAGAUGCCCAAAGCAGUGAAACCUAAGCGUCGCAAGAAGAGCCAGUCGAGAACUGAAGUUACAAACAUAUCCGACAGUGAAAGUGACACUGCUCCUAAAUCUCAAUCUCUCAAGGCAAAAGCUCAACCAGCAGCUACCAAAUCAAUCUCUCAAACAAAACCAACAUCGGUCAAAGUCUCAUCUAAACCGGCUUUAGUGAAAGACUCGGCUCUCGCUGAAAAGUUCACAUCGCAUUAUCUUCAACGUAUCACUACUGAAUUCUCUGAAGAUCUGGACAAGAUCCGUGAAGCGGAUGAUUUCAAUGAAAAUGCGUUACAGAUACUGGUGCAUGCAUUAAAGCAAGGUACGGAAGUUUGGGGGGAGGAAGAGAUGAGGAGAGUUGUUGGAUAGGUUGCGAGUGUGUAUGGAGAUUGAGGGGGGUUUCAAAACAUGGAAAAUUAUAGGACGAUAUUCGAGUUAGCAAAAGACCAGCGCGGAUACGUUGUGAAAGACGACUCCCAUUCUGAUGACAAGAGCAACGGAAAUAGGGCAGCAAAGUCGUGAGACAUGGAAAAUCUGCGCUUCACAGCGCUUGAAUCGACCGCAAAAAUGGAGGGAAUUGGAUGGCAGUCACAAGAGAUACAGAUGAGGCGACUGGUCAUGUACAGAUCAUGAUGGCGUUACGGUUUCUAAAGGAAGUCAAAAGUACCAUAAUCAUAUUUCAUUUCGCACGCGCAAGUUUAUACAUGUACCUACUUUUAAAUAUUUGUGAAUCAAGAAUCACAUUUCCGCAA